UAUUUCUAUACUAAUUUAUUUGCAUUUACAUACAAGUAAAAUAAUAUGUUUAUUUAUUGAAAUUGCAAUAUUACAAUUAUCUAUCAUAUUUACAUUUCAUUGUUUAUGUACAAUGGCUUAGAAUUACCACAUGAACAUUCCAGACGUGUUAUCAUAUUUUUUCAAAGACAAAAGUUUGAAUAUAAGACGACAAAAAUGAAGUUGGGAUUCGUAAUAAUUUUCACUAUUCUGAUCGUGUCUGCCUUUUUUGGUAGUACCGAGGCUGGAUGGCUGAAGAAGAAACUAAAGAAAGUGGAAAAGGCUGGACAAAGAGUCAGAGAUGCUGCUGAAAAAGCUUUGCCUAUUGUUAGUGGUUAUGCACCAAUUAUCGCGACGGCAGGAAGAUAAAUUUAUAUUUUAGUUAUUAUAUUAUUAUAUUACUAUUUAUUUUAUUUAUGCCAUACUUAUUAAUAAAAUGUACAAAACUUA